AGUAUCUACAGCGUUUCGGUUGUAUUUCAGCGGCGGCGCUAACGUAUUUCGCUCCAUUUAGUGUUUGUAGUAGCACACAAAAAUUAUAAAUUGACGCGCGUUCAAAAUUUUCCCCUAUAAAUAGUGAGUGCUUUCUCGAGUGUGAGCGCCGCAGAGUAAAGUGAAAAAAAAAUAAUAAUUGUGAAAUGCAAAUGAAAUGAGCUUUUCCUCUUUGUCGCCAUUGUCGAUCGAAUUGGAUCUUAAGUGUGCCACUUUGUGCCUAUUUUAGUGCUGCCAGUGUUGGCGCGUGAGUGGCAAGCGGGAGGCGUGCACCGGUCAACUCGUCGGCAUCAUUGCGACUUGUAUUAAGCGACGAUCCAAAUUGUUGUUGAUUUUUCUGCACUUAAUUCUACUUCUUACAAGUUUCGCGUUCGGCAAGAAAACCGCUACAUUUGUGGAAAUCAUUGAGAGAAUUUCAAGCGUUUCCCAAAAUCUAAGUGGCAACUACAUGCCUAAGUGUUGCUGAGUGUGUUGUAAGUGCGGAAAAGCUAACAAACAGCGGCAGCCGGAAAAAACAUUGCUUGAGUUGUUUGUUCUUGUUAUUUAACGGGAAUCGUGAAAACAAUCAAGAGUGGUUUUUGAGAAAAAUCUUCAAGCAAUAAUAGAAAAAUUAUCAAACAUAAAAAAUAAAGCAUAUAAAAAAAGUUUUAACGAAGUAUCAGCAGCCAUCGGCGAGACAAUAAUAACAACAACAAAAUUCGUGGCAACAAUUUGUACACGUUUGGCACGAUGGAGGGCGGCUACGUGAAUGAAGAAGAUUCCGAUGCAAUAAUGGGAGUGGAGAGUCCAGGUGGCCAACUGAAAACAAAAAAUGGACAAAAAUAUGUAUUCAACGGUCCACCGUCGGGCAUUUACGUGACCAGAACAUGCGUAUUCUUCACCGCGAUAGUAACGGUUGUGGCGCUCAUCUUCACCAUACUCAUCACAUAUUUCUUGACAGCCAACUCCGUGACAACACCCAGCUGCUUCAAUGGCAACUCAAAUAAGAACUCACCGCCCUUGGCUCUGUCCUCCAAUUCGAUUGGCCCACAAUAUAACAGCACUCCAGUGGCGACGGCUAGCAUACUUGGCACGGCACCACAUACCGCCAGUCCCAUAUCGAAAUAUGGUACCACACCACCAAUCGCGCCAAUCGGUGACAUCAGCUUACCGCCAGAGCAUGACAUCCUCGGUGCAGACAAGAGCAAAGCAGCCGAUAGGAAAUUGCAGCUGCACGACGGUUGGAGACCGCUGCAUUACAACAUUGUGAUUGAGCCCAACAUUAAGACCGCCACCAACAAUGGUAGCAUUACCAUUGAGGUACAGCGUGACGCCAAUAUCCCUACUCUGCUUCCGAUUAUUCUCGAUGUGCAUAAUAUUUCCAUUUCGAAUGUGCGCGUCAUACGCUCGCCCAGCAAUGUUUCAACCAGCGAUGAAAUCGAAUUGGAUUUCGAUGGUAAAUACGGUGAGAACAACUCAUCCUUUGUGGUGGCCAUUAAUAAAGGUAUUGAGGAUGAGCGCGAUGUCAAGUUGAUUGUUAGCAUGGAUUUUGUUAGUCAGAUAACCGACACGCUUCAGGGUGUGUACAGAACAAGCUAUACGAACUUGGAAACCAAUAAAAUCGAAUGGAUGGUCAGCACGCAAUUUUCGCCCGUCGACGCUCGGCGCGCAUUCCCUUGCUUCGAUCGUCCCGACAUGAAGGCAAACUUUACCAUCACUAUUAUUCGCGAUAAUAAACUCGGCAUGGCGUUGUCUAAUAUGCCCCUCUAUCGUAGUUCUGUUCACCGUCCAGGCUUCACGCGCGAUGAUUUCGUAACGUCACCGAAGAUGCCGAUUUACAGCUUCGCUUUUGUCGUUUCCAAUUUGGUGAAAUCUCAUUAUUCCGACUUGGAUGCUAGCCUAGUACCGCGCGUAGAGAUUUGGACCCGCCCCGAAAAUACCGAAAUGACAAACUAUGCGUAUUCAAUGUUGCGAAAGUUUUUGCCCUACUUCGAAGAUUAUUUUGGCAUAAAGAACCGUCUGUCGAAAAUCGAUAUGGUGUCUAUACCGGAUUUUGGUUUUAGCGCUAUGGAAAAUUGGGGACUAAUUACUUUCAGAGAUUCUGCUCUCCUCGUGCCCGAAGAUCUUGAUCGCGCUUCUUCGUCAGAGCACAUGGAGCAUGUUGCCCAGAUUGUCGCACACGAAUUGGCGCAUCAGUGGUUUGGCAAUUUGGUCACACCCAAAUGGUGGGACGAUCUUUGGUUGAAGGAAGGUUUUGCCUGCUACAUGAGCUACUUGGCGCUGAACACCAUACGUCCCGAAUUCCAAAUUAUGGACACUUACACAAUCUACGAAUUCGGUGAUGCCAUGCAACAUGAUGCCGACAACAGUUCGCAUUCCAUUGCUUUCGAUGUGAAAUCAACAACCGAUAUACGUCGCAUCUUCGAUCCGAUCACCUAUUCAAAGGGUAACAUACUGCUGCGCAUGUUGAGCUCAUUUGUGGGCGAUGAAGCCUUCCGUGCGGCAACACAAGAUUUACUGAAGUCCUACGCUUACGACAAUGCCGAUCGUGAUGUGUUGUGGGAUUUUAUGACACGACAUGCGCAUGAGCGUAAGACCCUGCCCGAUAGUUUGCAAGUGAAAACGGUAAUGGAUUCAUGGAUAAUGAAACCUGGUUAUCCCGUUGUAACCGUGGAGCGCCGUGAAGCAGAUCUGGUGUUGACACAAGAACGUUAUAUGUUGCCCUCACGAAAUAUGUCGGAUGACAGUCGUUUUGUUGUGCCGAUCACCUUCGAAACGGAUGAGCUACGCAAAGGCGACAAUAUACCGACACAUUGGAUGUUGGAGACUGAUCGACAAAUUGUCAUAAGCGAAGCCUUUACCUCGGAAAAUAAUACGGAUAAUGUGGUGUAUGUGAACUUGAAUCGCCAGGGUUACUAUCGCGUCAACUAUGAUAUGCCCUCUUGGUUAGCAUUGAAGAAGAAGUUCACCACGCUUCCCCGUAUCACACGCGCACAACUUUUGGAUGAUGCUUUGCAUUUGGCGCAAGCCGAGUACUUGACCUAUGACAUACCGCUGACCUUCCUUAUGGAGAUCUUCACAGCCACCGAUGACGAGCUACUGUGGCGUGCGACGCAACGUGGCCUCAAUUACCUCAUCUAUAUGCUGCAUCGCGAGCCUGCCUAUGAGACAUUCAGAGCCUUUAUGAAAUUCAUUGUACGCCCCGCCUUCGACCGUUACGGCUUGAAUGAGCCGGACAAUGAAUCGCACAUACAGUUACAACAUCGCGCCAAUAUUGCGCGCCUCGCAUGCAAAUUCAACUACGAUCGCUGUACAAUGCCAGCGCACCGGAAGUAUCGCGAGUGGAUGGCCGAUCCCAAACUCAAUCCCAUUAAGCCAAAUCUGAAAUCGAUUAUUUAUUGCACGGCACUCGCUGAGGGUUCCUUCCAGGAAUGGUAUUUUGCUUACAAGCAAUACAAACGCACCACAAGCGCAUCGGAGAAGGAACAGAUCUUGACAUCUUUGGGCUGCACCACAAAGCCAUGGCUGCUCUCCAAAUAUCUAAAUAUGACCAUCGAUCCAACUUCUGGUAUAUUGAAGCAGGAUGGCGCUCGCGCCUUCCGCGCCGUUGCUGAGAAUCCGAUUGGUUACGAAAUUGCAUUUGAUUUUCUGCAAUCGAAAAUCAAGGAAAUCUCUGAAUACUUCGGCGACGGUUUCUCCACACUCACCGAAAUGAUCAAAUCCAUCACCACCUACAUGAAUAAGGAAUACCACAAAGAUCAGCUGCAGCAAUUUGCCGAUCGUGCACGCAAACUUGGUCUGACAGCAGUCGAAGAAGCCAUCGGCUUGGCCAUGGAGCAAGUCAACAACAACAUUUACUGGCGUGAGCAUUCUUACUACCAACUGAAGGACUUCCUGGAAGCGAUAGUUAGCGAAUUUCACAUAAAUAUAUUUUAAGUAAAACGAAAGUACGUUGGUAGAGAGUAAGAAAAAGGAGAACGAAAAGGCAAACAUGCAAGAACAGUGCUUAGGAAUCUAUAAGAAAAUGAGUUCGAGCGUUAUGUAAGUGGCUGAUGUUUGAUUGAGAGUGCAGUGCGCAUGGAGCAGACUAAAUGAAUGAGCGAUUUGUUGUAAAAGCGUACAAUCUACUCAUUUUCUUUUUAGCAUAAGAUAGUUUACUAUGUAGUGUAAGCGUGUAAGCUGUUGUAAGAGAAACCACAUAGGAGCUUUAAAUUUUGUGUGACAACACCAAGCAAUUCACCGUUAACAAAAACAAAAAUCGUAUUGACAUUGAAAUUUUUGUAUUUAAGCACACAAUUGAAAAUUAUAUUUUGUAAUAAUAUGUUGUUUUGCCAACAAAGUGAUAUAUUUGUAUAAGUGAAUGUACCAUAUUUCCUCUGCUGAAGAAAUGAAGCCAACUUUUAACUAACGGAAAAAGAGAGUGUAAAAGUAAUGUGAAUUUAUUUUAGCACAAAAGCAACGAGUAUUUUGAAUUAUAUUUUUGUAAUUUAAAUUUAUUAUUAUUAAUUUUAAAUUUGUUAUAAUUAAUUUCAAUUUUUUAUUAUUAAUUUCGAUUAUUAUUAUUUUUAAUUUUUUUUUUUAUCAUUACCGAUUUUUGUUUUGCCUUGUAAGAUGAUAUUUUUAGUGUUUCUCUUUCGAAUUAUUUAUUUGCUCAUAAAAUAAUUAUUUACUACUUACAAAAAUGCGCGCCAAUAUCUAUAAGAAUUUAAAUAUAAAUACAAUCAGUGUUUAAUGUGUGAAUAAAAUUCAAAAUUAAACAGCAUUUAAAGGGGUUUUAGGCAACCCUGAGCAUUUGAAAAUUGUCAAUUUGUAAAUAUGCUUAUCAAAAGUAUUGAAACUUCACAAAAUGGCGCGUUCAUAUUAAAAACACUAACACAUACAUAUAGUACACGAACGAUUUGAAUAUAACGACACUACGCCACAAUAAUACACUAUCUACUUACAUAUAAAUAUUUAAAAAUACUACCAUAUAAUACUUAGACACUUACAGUUACACAUACAAACACAUCAACUAUACGAACAUAUUUAAUUUUUAUAAUUAUAAUGUCAAAUCAUCAGGUCUCUAUUAUAUAACAGAUAUUUUUAACAUUUUUAUAUACCAAUUGUAACUGUAAAAUUAAUUAGUUAUGUCUACUCAUAUAACCACAUUACAAUUUAAACAACUAAAUUUAAUAAUUGUAGUGAUGUUCCUAUGUUGAAGUGCAUGCAUACAUACAAAUGUAUGUAUGCAUGUGUGUAAAAUAUAUAUUUGUAUGUAAAACGAACUGCAAAUAAUUGCAGGAAAAAUAUAAACUAUUUUACUAAAAACUAAAAAUUUGGCCAGAAGCACGAUUUUAGCUAUAAGUUUAAUAAGAAUAAACAUGAAAAUUAAAUAAUAAAAAAAUUAUUAAAUAAAUAAUAAAAAAAUAAAUAAAAAGAAAAACUAUUUUAUUAAAACAUUUUCGAAAACAUGUUGCAUACUUACCAGCGCAGUGCAUUUCACAGCGAUUUUGGAACAUAGCUGGAACAUGCCUGAAAGACAGAAAAAAUAAAUACUAAAAUUUCUAACGGCACGCAAAAUAAACUUAAAAUAUUACAAAAAAAUUUAAAAAUUAUAUAAAAUGUUUUUUGAGUAAAAAAAAAUAUUUUAAAAUAUUUAAAAAAAUUAAAAAUUUAAUUGAAAUAUUUUUUGAGUAAAAAAAAUUAGUUUAAAAUAUUAAAAAAAAAAAAUAAAAAUUGAAUUGAAAUAUUUUUGGAAUAAAAAAAAAAUUAUUUUAAAAUAUUAAAAAAAAUAAAAAUUUAAUUGAAAUAUUUUUUGAGUAAAAAAAAUUAGUUUAAAAUAUUAAAAAAAAAUUAAAAAUUUAAUUGAAAUAUUUUUUGAAUAAAAAAAAUUAUUAUAAAAUUAAAACUUUAAUUGAAAUAUUUUUUGAGUAAAAAGAAAACUUAUUGAAAUAUGACAAAUCUUAUUAAAUAUUUUUUAGACAACUACACGCAUGAUUCAAUUGCAUAAGGUUGUGCUACUUUAGAGCGUGUUUCUUCUUAGUAAAAUAUUUUUUAAACAAUAAUGACAAAUAACAUUUUUUUCUCAUGACUUUCUUGUUUACAUUUUGAUGAUUUUGAGAUUUAAAAUUUUUUAGAAUUCUUUUUAAUUUUUUUUUUAAUUUUUUUCGUGUUUAGUUAUCACUCAAAGCAUUUUCGUUAGCUGAAAUGAUUAAAAAACAAGACAAAAACGUUAAUUUUGGCUGCAGAAGCUAUAAUACCCCAAACAGCUGCAUUUUUUAUAGCAUAAAGGAGCAUAUAAAAAUCUUUAUCUUAGUUUUUAAGGGCCAGUUUAUACGUCAGCUAUAAGCUAUAGUGGUGCGAUCUGAAAAAUUUAUCCAGAAAUUGUAGCAAUGCAUUGAAUAACAAUCUAAGCCAAAUUUCGUGAAGAUACCUUAUCAAUUAAAACAGCUUUCCAAACAAGGACUUAAGCUCGGUUGGUCCGUGUGUACGACAGCAACACGUUGUAGUGGUCCGAUUUGAACAAUUUCUUCGAAGAUUACAUAAACACCUCAGACAAUAAACCAUGCCAAAUUUCUAAAAAAUAUCUCGUCAAAUAAAAAAGCUUUCUAUACAAGCACUUGUUUUCGAUUAUUCAGGUUUUAUGGCAGCUAUAUGCUUAAGUGGUCCGCUAUCAGCCGUUUCGACAAAUAAGCAGCGCCUUGGCUAGAAAGAACGUAUGCAAAAUUUCUGUUCGAUAUCUCAAAAACUGAGAGAAACUACUCUCUAGUCUCUAUACAAACGGACAUACAGACAAACAUUGCUAAAUCGGCUCGUCACGCUAAUAGUUUUUUAUGGUCAUAUUUCACCUCAAAUGCAAAAUUUUGAUAAGUUUAAAAGUGAAGGAAAAACAUUAUAAUAAAAACCACUCAUAUUGAAACAAAAUUUCGGUUAUAAAAUGGUUAUACAUUGGAUAUAUAGGUUAUCUAUUGGAUAUAUUAGUCAGCGGAAGCUUAAAAGUUUAUAAUACAUAUAUGCAAUAUGAUGUAGUGAAUCUUAAGCACUAAAAAACUCAAUUUCGAAAUUUUGAUGAUGCGUUAUUUUGCAUUUUAGGCGGCGAUAUAUACUUUGUAGGGUCUUCGACGUCUCCUUUAGGGUCUUACAAACUACGUGGCAAACUUAGUAUAACCUGUUCAGCGGCAUAAAAUAUAUUUUUUAAUCAUAAAAAGGCAAAAUAGCUAAUGCCAAAAUAAUGUGUUAAAAAAAACUUUUGAAAUUUUUUUUAUUUUUUCUAACGUCACAACCUUAUACAUGCUUACAUAGUGAUUGAAUCAGGACUAUACCCCAGCAGCCAUCCAUCGCUUCAAUUUUUGAGUUUCACCAUCAACUUUUAUUGUAAAUACAUGCACAUUUACUUCAUGUAAUUAAAAUUGGUAAAAAACGUAUAUUUUUAAAAUAAAAAUACUAUGCACACUUACAGCACACGUGUGUAUGUGUGCGUAAUAGUCACUUAAGAUAGCCAUUAUAUGAAUUAAGCCUUAGAUCGCAGUGUCCUUAUGCGCAUACAUAGCCAUCAUGCCAUUUACACCCACAUAAACAUAUAUACAUACAUGCACAAAUAUAACUGUGUAUUUGUAUAUUAAAUGUAAAGGAAGUAAUGUAUUCUUUCUUAAUUUAUUUGCAAAAUUUCGACGCUUUUCUUAUGGUUGGAUAUUUUUUGAAAAACAUACACACAUACAAACAAAUUAAAAACGAAAACCAAAAA